AUGAUGUCCAGAAGUCGAGAAGCAAGAAGCAUUGUCGCUUCCUUGCGCAAACCCCAUGUGCUGCGGCCAAUCAGCCCUGCAUUGGCGCGUCCCUAUGCCAACAGCUUCCAUACAACAACACCAAGAAAUACAGAUGGCGUAUUUCAGGGCCUCGAAGACAAGAGGCAACCGAUGCCAUGGAUAGAGGCGUUCGAGCGUCAACAAAAGGGCCUCCCGGCUCAUAAGUCCGAUGACUAUCCUAAGGAACGCGAUCUGACCCCCAAGAAAAUGAGCGACAGCUAUCAUCGCGUCGUGCUUCCUCUCAAGAAAGACCCUUGGCUACUCGGAACAUUAUUCAUGGACCUUGAUGCCCUCUCGGGAAUCAUCGUCUACAAACAUACCGGUCCUGGAGUUACUACAGUGACCGCCGCCCUGGACCGUAUCACAAUAGCGCAUCCACUCACCGAAAUUUGUGAUCUUGAGUACAGCGGUCAGGUCACUUAUGCUUCUGGCAGGAGCAGUGUCGAAAUCACCUGCAAGGUCGCCAAGGCCAGGGAAGAAGGCGAACCCAGCAAACCGGAAGAUGUCCUUCUUACCUGCACCUUCACCAUGGUCGCCCUAGAUCCCAACACAAGAAAGCCAGUCAACAUCCCCAAGCUGGUCCCAAGCAAUGCGGAGGAAGAGAAGAUCUUCAAGGCUGGAGAGGCAAAGUCGCUGUCCAAAAAGGAAACAUCCAAGGCUUCGCUCCUUCAGACUGAACCCAAUGAUGCAGAAUCUGCGCUGAUUCAUCAGAUUUGGUUGCGGCAACUUGCGUACCACGAUCCCAACAAUGAGCUUCGUCAACCUUCCAACGUCGUCGCCAUGUCCAAGACCCAGCUUUCGACAGCUGCAAUCAUGCAGCCUCAGUAUAGAAAUCGCCAUCAGACCAUGAUCUUUGGUGGUUUCCAUUUGAAACAGACCUUUGAGCUCGCCUUCUGCUGCGCAGCCAGUUUUGCUCAUGCCCGACCGACCUUCAUCAGCGCUGAUCCUUGCACGUUCCGAAAUCCCGUUCCUGUCGGCAGUGUUCUGUACCUGACCGCCACUGUCGCAUACACUGAUCCUCCCCUGUUGGAGGAAGACGGCACUGAGCCCGGCUUUCCAGACCCCGAGAAGCCCAUGACUCGUGUGCAUGUUCGGGUUGACAGCAAGGUUCGUGAUGUUGAGCAUGGUGUUGCAAAGCCCACUGGCCAGUUCAACUAUACUUUCUCCGUUCCCAAAAAUCUUAAGGUCCUGCCGCAUACGUAUGAAGAGUACAUGGUGUAUAUCGAUGCUAGGAGACGUGUUUCGCUGGGUGACAGUCAGCGAAAGGAAGAGUCAAAGGCCUUCUCAGAAAAGAGGCCUGAAGCCACGGAUAAUUACCUCAAAACAAUAACUAUUCCCCAGCUUGACACGUCUGAUUCAGCGACGGCGAUUGCAAGUUUGAGAUGGUAUAUGAAAAGCUUGCAUAAGCUGCCCGACCCAGAGAGUGGUGUCGUUGAGCGCGAUAUCUACUACACUGCAAGAGAUGGCGUCAAGUUACGCGCACAUAUUUACGAACCCAUUAGCGACUCCAGUCCAACUCCGCCUCUUGUUGUUUACAUCCAUGGUGGCGGGUGGACCAUCGGCUCUCCAGAAGAUGCGCAGCGCUCGUGUCGUGAUAUUGUCGAAAAGCUGGGGGUCGUUUGUCUGGCGCCUUCAUAUCGUCAAGGACCCGAAGACCCAUUUCCAGCUAGCAUAAACGAUGUCUGGGACGGCUUGAAAUGGAUUGCUGCGAAUGCAGAGUUCGAACUGAAGGCCUCACUGUCAAAGGGGUUUGUCAUUGGUGGUUCAUCAGCCGGAGGUAACAUGGCUGCGAUAGCCAGCCAUCUGGCCCGAGAUGAGAAGCUAACUCCUCCGAUAACUGGCGUCUUCCUGCUCGCUCCAAUGAUACUGCCACCAGAGAAGGAAGAUGCGCUGCCUCAGAAGUACAAGGACCUUUAUCUGUCUCGGACUCAAACUGAGUGUAAGGACGACCCUAUUCUCACCCCAGCUUUGGACAAGAUAUUUCACGAUUCUGCAGCUGGGGAUAUAUCCUCGCCUCUCUUUGUUCCGUUCAUCUGGUCAACAGGUCACCACAACUUACCCAGGACGUAUUUACAACUUUGUGGAAUGGAUGUCCUUCGGGAUGAGGCUUUGAUCUACGAGCAGGUAUUGCGUGAGGACAAUGGGAUUGAGACACGGUUAGAUAUCUAUGCUGGCAUGCCUCAUAUCUUCUGGGGCGCCUUUGCACAUUUGAGCCAAGGGAAGAAAGCAGCUGUAGAGCUUGUUGAAGGCAUCAAGUGGCUUUUGAAGUGA